AUGGGCUUGUCGGAGCAUGCGGCGAUCCAUCACCAGCAUGCCAUAGAGUAUGCCAACCGCAUGGGCUCCAAGGACGCUCAAUGCUUCACUGUUGGCAACUUGGGCAUUGCCUCUGCUGCCCAGGGCGACUUGCAGACCAGCCGCAUCUGUUUGCAGUACCACUUGAGCUCGGCGCAGCGGCAGAAAUCUGCGGUUGCGGAUAACAAGUUUGCUCAGCACAGCCUCAAAGAGGUGAGCAAGAGCGCCUACCAUCGCCUGGGCCAGGUGAACGCCACGGAUGGCCGCUUCGAUGAGGCGGCGGACCACUUCGCCAAGGCCAUGGAGGCGAAGAUCAUCCGUCGAGUGACUGCGCCUGCGGCCAUCCCCGAGGAGGUCACGCCGAAACCGUGCAAGGUCGGCCACGUCAUUUCCCUGCCGGACCAGGGCACUCAGUACAAGAACUGCAUCCAUGUCAAGGAGGAGGACCUGCGUCGCUUUGGCCACGACAUCCGGAAGCUCAAAGAGCACCAAGUGUUGCCCUGGUCAGAGCGGGAGAGAUUGGAAAGGCAGCUUCGCUUUGGGGAGGCCUUCGAGGAGGAGUGCCGGCGCCCCGUGGAGCCGCUGGACCCCUGGCGGAACAUCCCGGAGCCGGAGCGCCUGCGCCCUCCCAACGAAGGCGACCUCUUCCUGAACCAGAUCGUGCCGCAGUCGCCUCAGAAGCUGGAGCGCGAGCCUGAAGAGGUGGUGGAGGAGGAGCCCGAGGACCUGAAAAAGCGCUCCAAGUUGUACCGCCGCAUGUCCUCCAACAUCAGCGCGGGCAGCGCGUCGACGGCGGCCACCAGCCGGACCAGCUCCAAAGAGUCCACCUCAAAGCCAGGUUUGCAGCGCCAGUCCUCCUUGACACUGCCCCUGCGCAGCCGGUCCCUGGUCAUGGCAGGCGCGACGCUUGCAGAGAGAUUAGAAGCGGUGAAGAAGGCAAUUGACGGCGUGCUGGUGCGCAGAGGCGGGAUACUUGAAGCGGCUGGAGCCAUGUUUUUUGAGGCUCGUGGCAUGUUGAACUUCGACGAGCAUUGUGCAGCCACAAGCCUAGACUGGUCCGAGCGUCAAAUCGUAAGACGUGAUGCUAUCGUGUUAACUUCGACAGGGCUUUUAGCGGAUGAGCAGAUGAAGGACACGGUGCUGCUUCGCAUCGAGGCGGAGCUGCCGGCGGAGUGCCCCACGGCGGCGGAGCUGCUGAAUUGGGGGGCGGUGCAGAGGAGCCCUCAAGAACAUGCUCAAUACAGCGCGCUGGCCGUGAUGUGCCAGGAGCGCCUUCUCUGCGCGGGGCGCGGGGCGCGGGUGUCCCUGGGCGCCUCUGGUGCCCGCGUGGAGCUGGCAGACGGCGCCUGCUGCGAGGUGCCGCCUGCGGCCACGGCGGAGGGGGCGGUGGCGGUGCUGAAGCUGCCGCCAGGUGGCGAGGUCUUGGAGAUCCGCUACCGUACCGAUGAGAGCGUAGAGGUGCGGAGAGCGAGCAGCAAGACGGUGCGAAGGCCUGACACUUCAGACUGGCUGCACGAGUCGGGUGGCUGGCACAUCAAUGCCAAAUCGAAAGGCCACUCAUGCGCUGAUCGUGGAGGAUAA